AUGAAGCUGCUGCUGCUGUGUCUGGGGCUGACGCUGGUCUGUGCCCAUCAUGAAGGAAACCAUGAUGUUGUGACAAGCAACUUCGAUAUAUCAAAGAUUUCAGGGGAGUGGCAUACCGUUUUCUUGGCCUCAGAUGUCAAAGAAAUGAUAGAAAAAGAUAGUAUCAUGAGGGGUUUUAUGGAAUCUAUCCACGCCUGGGACAACUCUUCUCUGACAUUGAAAUUUCAUGUAAAGGUCAAUGGAGAGUGCACUGAAAUGUUUUUGCUUUGUCAUCAAGCAAGUGAGAAUGGUGUAUAUAAUGUUAUCUAUGCUGGAUUCAAUACAUUUCGCAUAAUUGAAGUGGUCUAUAGUGACUAUAUUAUUUUUCAUCUCAUUAAUGUCAACAAUAAGCAAAAGUUUGAGAUGCUGAUACUCUUAGCCCGAAAACCAGAUGUGAGCCCAAAACUCAAGGAAAGGUUUGAGGAACUUUGUCAAGAAUAUGGAAUUCCUGAGGAAAACAUACUGGAUGCGACCGAAGUCGAUCGCUGUCUCCAGGCCCGAGGGAGCAAUGACGCCCAAGCCUCCAGGUUGGUGAUGUCUGAUGGAGAGGGGGUUAGCCCAGGGACCACUGCCUUCCAACACCAUUAG